CAUGUCGAACAAAGUGCAGGUCACGAAACAAGUUGUAAGUAGUGAUGCUUUUAGGUUUCAUUUUAGAUUUUGGAAAACCCUUGGCGUCUAUCCCGUCAAUGGUUCCAACACUCUAUGUGUUGCGAUCAUAGCCAUAAGCGCCAGUUUACCAAUAGGUAUGACAAUUCUUCUGUUCAAACUGGACCGUUUGAAGGAUAUCUUUUCGAAUUUGUCCCUGAAUAUUACUACGAUCGCAAUCAUUCUGAAAUUCGCGAAUAUCUUGUUUAGACGACGAAAUAUUCUGGAUGUAAAUAGUUGGGUUCAUCAGUUGGAUACUCGCGCCACGUCUGCAGACGAGCAGGAGUGUCUCAGAUCGGCAAUUCAUACCGCACGUAAAAUGUUUCAUGUGACGUGUACCAUGUUCACUGGAGCAGUUAUUUUAGGCGAACUCGGAGCUCUUCUUUCACAUGAAAAGACACUGGUGUGUUCUUCUUGGUAUCCUUUUGAUUGGCAUCAUUCCACUUGGAAAUAUUGGAUUGCACAUGUGCACCAGAUUGUAGUGUUUGUAAUAUAUAUAUUACAGGAUGUAUCUAAUGAUACUUUCCCAGCCAUUUAUAUGCUUGUACUAACGGCCCAUGUGAAAACUCUAAACAUUCGAAUCAGGAGAUUGGGUGUACACGUAACUGAGUCCUGGCAAGCCACCAAUGAGGAACUACGACAGUGUAUCAAAGAUCAGCAAAUGCUAGUAGAGUAUUUCCAUACGGUCCGAAAAGUCACUUCAGCUGCAAUUUUCGUUCAGUUUUUUGUUACUGGUAUGGAAGCCUGCAUCACUGCUGUUUGUGUAUUCUGCGUUGAAGGCAAUUUAUUUGAACUAAUGUUCCUCGGAGAAUACUUCUUCUGCGUAAUUCUGGAAAUAUUCCUUUACUGUUAUUUUGGUGAUGAACUUGUGCACGAGAGUGGACGGAUAACUGAAGCAAUUUAUUCCUGCAACAGGAUGGACCAAAACAGAAGUUUCAAAAGAAAUUUGGUGAUUUUUAUGCAAUCAACACAGGAGAGUAUGACCAUUAUUGCUGGAGGAAUUUUUUCAGUCAAUUUAUCAACUUUUGUUUCGGUUUUAAAAAGUUCAUACUCGCUAUUCGCUCUGUUGAUGAGUAUGACAUAAUACGUAUUGAUAAGAAACGUUCAUAGAAGGGUUGAGUUGAGGAACAACAUCAUUUUCACAUUUUUUUUGGAAACCUUUCAAAAUACGGAAAAAAAAUAUUUUUGGGUUUUUCCAACAGAUUUAGGUUAUAGGCAUUAUUGGAGACGCGCAACUACUACAGGGAAGUGUAACCAUUACAAAAGCAAGUUGGUAUAGGAUGCUUCGGAUACAGAGGUUUUUGGGUUCAUCUUACGCGGAAAACUUUCUGUGCACAUUUUUUCAUUCUACAUAGUUAAAAUUUCAAAAUAUCCCUUCAUAUGUUUCCAAACCCUAAAAUAUAUGUACAAGUUAAUUAAAAUGGAUUGAUUGUUGGAA